GACGCUGGUGGACCCUGUUUAGGAUGACCGCUAUAUUGCACGUGACAGCAUGAGAUACUUGACAGGAACCAAUGCAAUUAUCAGAUAUGAUCAGCCAACAAGCCACAAUUUUCUCUCUCUUCAAAUGGAUCUGUGUUUUCAUAUCUGUAAUUAGCAUCAAUGCUAUUCAGAUGAAACCAAAAUUUCCUGUUCCACGACGGGAACAUCAGCUUCAGGCAAAGUAUAGUUACAAAACCUACUAUUUUGAGCAAAAGGUUGAUCAUUUUGGUUUCUCAAACCUAGAUAAAUUUCGCAUGAAAUAUCUGUAUGCUGAUCAGUACUGGGAUAAACAGAAUGGACCAAUCUUCUUCUACGCUGGCAAUGAAGGUGAUAUAGAAGUAUUCUGUGAUAAUACGGGUUUUAUGUGGGAAAUUGCUCCAAUCUUUAAAGCCCUGGUGAUCUUUGCUGAACACAGAUACUAUGGAAAGUCCAUGCCAUAUGGGAAGGAUUCUUACAAGGAUCCUGCUCAUCUCCAGUACUUCACAUCAGAACAAGCGCUAGCUGAUUAUGCUGUGUUCAUCCGCAAUAUCACCAAAGAUGCGGGCCGUAAUAACCCGGUGAUUGUUUUUGGGGGUAGCUACGGAGGGAUGCUGGCUGCCUGGUUUAGGAUGAAGUACCCUCAUCUUGUAGCUGGGGCCAUUGCUGCUUCUGCCCCUAUCUGGCAGUUCACGGGAUUGACAGACUGUCACAUGUUUAAUAAAAUCGUUACAGCUGAUUAUGAAGGUCACAGCAAGGCAUGUGCUGAUAACAUCAGGAAUACAUGGGCUGUGAUUAACAAGAAUGGUGCUACAGCUCAAGGACGACAGUUCUUGACAAAUACUUUCAAGAUGUGUAAAACUUUGUCCUCAACAAGUGAUGUUGAAGCUUUUAAGGCCUGGCUUUAUGAGGUUUAUGGUAACCUAGCAAUGAUCAACUAUCCAUAUGCUACAUCAUUCCUGGAGCCAGUACCUGCCUGGCCUGUCAUUGCCGCCUGUGAUCAAAUCUCGAGGAGCUCUUACAGUGAAGCAGAUCUUAUGAAAGCCCUCUUCAAGACUGUGUCCAUUUACUUCAACUACACAGGCUCAGCCAAGUGCCUGAACAUCAGCCAGCAAGCAUCUGGAUCUCUUAGUGAUAACGGUUGGGACUUCCAGGCCUGCACUGAAAUGGCAAUGCCAAUGUGUGCUGAUGGUGUGACAGACAUGUUUGAGCCUUCCCCAUGGAACUUCUCCGCCUUCUCCGACGACUGUUACAAGAGUUGGAAAGUACGACCCCAAAGGGACUGGGUCAUCACCCACUAUGCUGAUAGAGACAUUCGAGCAGCUUCAAAUAUUGUCUUCAGUAACGGCCAGCUUGAUCCCUGGUCAGGUGGUGGUGUCCUGAAGACCGUUAAUCCAUCGCUUCCAACUCCCUUCAUCGCAGAGGCUGCACAUCAUCUUGACCUUCGAUCAUCCAAUCCAGCUGACCCAGUCUCCGUGCGGAAAGUUCGUCUGUUGGAGAUGGCGAACAUUCGCAACUGGAUCAGUUACUGGAAGGAAGAACAUUCUACAGUGCUGUACUUUAAGCCAACAUAGAGACAAGGAUCAGCAUGUAGCAGCAUUUCUAUAUAGGGACACCCUUGGGGGCCGACAGAUAGCGUCCUGUAUCAAUGGGUCACCUGAUUACCUUGGUCAAAUUGUAUACUUGUCUGUGAAACCUGAAUUCCUACCUGUGUCUCUCUACUUAUCAUUUGCUGUGACUUGUUAUGUUCUCAUGUCUUGAGCAGUUCUCUGCACUUGAGAGAGAAUUAUGAAGAAAAACCACAAAACUGCAACCAAAAAAUGUACUUAUCGCUUUUAACUACUCAUUGCCCAGUCUAGCCUGCUGGUUCUACUGUUGAUUAUCCAAGGGGCAUGGUCUUAUGAUUCAGAUGUGCAUAUAUGCGGAUGGCUGACUUUGGUAUCAGGUAUACCACAGAAAGCAGUUUUUUUUAUAUCUCAAAAUUUACCUCUAGUCUACCAUAGGGAGAGGUUCUCUUCAUCCUGGUGGUCUUUUGAGGACGAAGGCACAACCAGAAUGUUGGUAUAAAAGAAAGAACUUUAUUUUUGUGCUUGGAACAGAUAUUUGAAGACGAUCAUAUGUAAUUAAUUGUGUUACAUUUUGUAAUGAAUUGGUACCAUGCCAAUAAAUUGUAUGUUUUAUAUAAAGAAUAUUCAUAUAUUGAAUAAAAACAUUAUCA